GAAGACCUCAGUAACGUAUUAAAAUUGAAUCCCUUCAAUGGGCGGGUCUUAAGACACUUGCCUAUGUGGCGCGCAUGAUAAGCAUCCUCACUAAGAGUCGCGUGGUAUCAUAUUGUAGCACCAUCCCACUCUUGUCCCGUACGAUGUCAGCUGUGCAUAAAGAAAAUGAAGUGGCAACACCCAAAACAACCGCUUCUGACAACCAAAAUAAUGAAAUUGAUGCCACAAGUUACCAUGAAAUGCGGAAAAAUGCAGUUGCAGAACUUAAAAGGUUAAAUAAAAACCCAUAUCCACAUAAGUUCCAUGUAUCAAUAUCUUUGGGCGAGUUCAUAGAGAAAUAUUCAUCUCUCUGCCCUGGAGAACAUUUAGAUAAUGUUUGCGUCAGCGUUUCAGGCCGUGUUCACGCUAAGCGGUCAGCUGGUUCCAAGUUAGUUUUUUAUGACAUUCGAUCGGAUGAGAGUAAAUUACAAGUUAUGGCCAACGUCCGUAAUUACAAGUCCGAACAGGAAUUUGAGGAAAUUAAUGACAGAAUUCACCUGGGAGAUAUCAUAGGAUGUGUUGGUAUACCAGGAAAAUCUAAGCUUGGUGAAUUGAGUAUCCUUCCUAGUGAAAUAGUACUCCUCUCCCCUUGUUUAUACCAACUUCCUCACAUGCACUAUGGCUUAAAGGAUAAGGAAACUCGUUUUCGCCAACGUUACCUGGAUCUUAUGAUGAAUGAAGAUGUUCGACAACGUUUCAUUACACGCUCUCGUAUUAUCAACUACAUACGCUCGUUCUUGGAUGAUCUCGGAUUCUUAGAGGUGGAAACCCCUAUGAUGAAUACAAUUGCCGGUGGGGCAUCAGCUAAACCAUUCGUCACAUAUCACAACGAGUUAAAUAUGAAUUUGUUUAUGCGUGUCGCUCCAGAGCUGUACCUGAAAAUGCUUGUCGUCGGUGGGCUGAAUCGUGUCUAUGAGAUUGGCCGCGUGUUCAGAAAUGAAGGCAUCGAUUUGACGCAUAAUCCAGAGUUUACAUCUUGUGAAUUUUAUAUGGCCUAUGCAGAUUAUGAAGACUUGAUGACAAUCACUGAAGACUUGCUGUCAGGUCUUAUUAAGCAUCUGUUCGGGUCGUAUAUUAUUAAGUAUCAUCCAGAUGGACCAGAGUCAGAAGCAAUCACGGUUGAUUGUACACCACCGUUCAAACGUAUCCACUUUUAUGAUGAUUUGGCAGCUAAACUCAACGUGGAGCUACCUCCUCCAGACACUCUGCAUACAGAAGAGGCCCGACAAUUUUUCAUGAAAUUGGCAACACAGCAUGGAGUUGAUUGUCCGGAGCCAAGAACUACAGCCCGAUUACUGGACAAGUUGGCUGGAGAGUUCCUAGAACCAAUGUGUGUCAAUCCAACCUUUCUAACCUGUCAUCCAUGUGUCAUGAGUCCAUUGUCCAAAUGGCAUAGAUCCCGUCCUGGUUUAACUGAACGCUUUGAAUUAUUCAUGCUGCAUAAAGAACUUUGUAACGCGUACACAGAGUUGAAUGAUCCAGCUGUACAACGUGAAAGAUUUUUGGAGCAAGCGAAGGACAAAGCAGCUGGUGAUGCAGAGGCGAUGGUCACAGAUGAACAGUUUCUCACUGCAAUCGGUUAUGGCCUGCCACCGACAGCAGGUUGUGGUAUUGGUGUGGACAGGUUAACUAUGUUUCUGACAAACACCAAUAACAUCAAAGAGGUCAUUCUAUUUCCAGCGAUGAAACCAGAAGCUAAUGUGCCUGCUCCAGUGAGUGCUGCUGUAGCAGUGACAACAAACGAUACCAUUGUUAAAAAUAAUCCCAAUGUACAGAAUGCGGAGUCUUCUGCGCCUGCCAGCAACAGCAGUCAUCCAUCAGAAUCCUUGACCAGUCCUACAAGUAGUAAUCAUCUUCCUGCUUCAACAACUCUGUCUUCUCCAACACAAGCGAGUCCAGCUGUCCAGAAUUCUCCACGUCAAGAAGAAGAAGAAGCGGUGGUGGUGGUCAAUGCAUCUCCUGCGACGACGGCGGCAGCAAAAAGCGGGAAAAAGAAAAAAGGACGACGCUCUUAGUAAACCUUGAGUUGUUGUUUAUCCUCUCUGACACUUUUUGUGUGCAUGAUAUCAGCGUGCUUUGUCUGUGUGUGCAUUUCCUCUCUUUUAGAAUGUUAGUGGUUCUGUGGUUCUUCAAACGUUACAGGUAUGAAAUUCCCUUCCAAAGACGUGUUUCUUUAUAUUCUUCACAGAGAAAGAAAGAGGUGAAAUAUAAAUAUAUGAGGAUUUAAAU